AUGAACCAAAAAAGGAUUGUGCUGGAGAAGAAAGGAAAGCAAGAGCAAUCUCUGGUCCAGGUUCGUGAAGAGAUUUCGAAAUCCAAUCUCUCUCGCGCGCUCAUCAUCAUCAUCAUCCGGUACGAUUCAUCCUCCCAUGAGCCGGAGCCCUCCGGCUAUGAUGACGAGGGCGCGGCGUGGAUUAGACCCUUAGAAGGGGCUGACCCAGGGGCGACACUUGUUGGCAGCGCAGAAGCCGGAGCAGCAGAUGCCGGCGAACUGGCCGUUGACGUAGCAGUCACCUACCAUUUUGGAGAGAGAAACGCAGACACCCUGGCAGCUCACCGAGCGGAUGGGCUGGGGAGGGCCGACGAGGAUCUGCUGGACGCCGGUGCUGGAGAUGGCGCCCUGGAAGGUGACGCCGGUGUCGGUGACGAAGGUGCAGUGGCUCUGGGCGAAGUAGUCUGGGGCGUCGAUGAUGCUGACGGCCAUGUUGUUAGGAAGGAGGGGAGGCCCAAGGUGAAGGUGAGUGAAAGUGGGAAUAAACCUACUGGUCUUGCGAACCACACCGUCGGCAGGGAAAGUCAUGGAGUACUCGGCCGGGCCGCCGUGGAAGGUGAGGUGGACGGUUUGGGCGGCAUCACGGGUGUCGACCGUGGGGUGGGCAAAGGCAGUGGCCGCGAGGGCGAGGAGAGUGGUGGCAGAGAAGAGCAUCUUGACAAUGAGAUGUAG